AUGCAUGAUUCUCUAUCACCUCCAUCUGAUACUGAUUAUAAUCAUUUACCAUGUAAUCCAUUUUUAAAUAAAACAUCAUUAUUAAAACUUCAAGAUGGAAUACAUUCUAUAAAUCUCACAGCAUUAUUAGAAAAUCCUGAUGUUGAUAAAGAGUGUAUAUUAAAUUUAACAUUGGAUGGCGGAUUUUUACUAAAUGGUACGAAUUAUUCAAAAUCUUUGAUUAUAUUUAUUAUUCUUAUUUCAAUUGCGUCGUGUAUAUCCGUUGUGGGUAAUUUAAUUUUGGCUAAAGUUUUACUUUCAAUACGUCAUCGAUUAUCUCAAACCGAUCGAAUUGUUUUAUGUUUAGCCAUUAUUGAAUUAUGUCUUGUUCUAAUUGAUAGUCCAAUAGAAAUUUAUCGAUUUUUAUCUUAUACAUAUGGUCAAUCAUGGUUGUGCCGUUUUCACACAUUCUGUGAAUCAUUACUAUCAUCAUGUAUCAUUUUUUAUCACCUCCUGGGUGCGAUUGAUCGUUUUGUCUAUGUUUAUGGUCAAACAAUGACAACUCAAUCAAUAUGGUCAAAAUGUAACCAAUCAUUUUCAUCAAAAAAAAAUUCAUUUGUUCUACUAUUUAUACCUCUUAUUGUUAGUUUACCAAUAGCUAUUACAAACACGCUACAUUCAUAUGUUAUCCGAUCGCCAAAACGUAUGAUGACAUGUGUUGUUCAAUAUACUCAAUAUAAAUUUAUCAUCAUUAUUCUAGUAUCAUUCUAUAUAUUACCAAUUAUAUUGAGUUUUAUUUUACAUACAAAAUUAAUCUAUUACAUUCGUUCUCGACAUAAACAACAGUAUAUAACCACUUAUCUUCUACCACCAACAAAUAGUAUUCGUCAUAAUUAUCAAACAAUGGAUUUAAAAGUAAAUUAUGAUCCAUCAAUGCCAAAUCGUACAACAUUGUUAAAAAUUAAUCCAAGACAUCGACAUCGAAUGCACAAUACAACAACGGAAACUCGUCCAACAAAGGGUACAACAAAUACAACAAAUUCACCAACAAGUCCAACAGCACAAUCAUCAGCAUCAUCUGGUUCAUCAACAACAACAAAUACUAAUUCUUCAAUUCAUGUAUCACGUCCAAUUGUUAUUUAUAAAUUAAAUUCUCAAGCAUGUGCUAAUGCAAGAAAAACUGUUAUUUUAUUAGUAACAUUGUUAACAUUUUAUGUUUGUUGUUGGGCACCUUCUAAUAUUUAUACAUGGAUUCAUACCUAUCAAUUAAUUGAAACGGAGAAAAAGACAACAUUUUCUAUUAAAAAUUUAACAAAUAAUCAUGAUAUAUCUACUUCUAAUUAUACUUCAUUAAUAAAUAAUUUACCAAAAUCAACAUCAUUUCAUUCUAAUUUAAAACGUAUGAUUUUAAUUAAUUAUUCACUUUAUUUUCUAUCAGUAAUAUCUAUGUGGUUUAGUUUUAUUUUUUAUUUUACAUUAAAUAAACAAGCACGAUUAGAAUUAAAACGUUUAUUAAGUUUUACUAUUUAUUGUGGUAGUCGUCGAAAACAACCAAAACAUCGUUAUCAACAACAACAAUAUUUACCAGUAAUAAAAUAUAAUUAUACUAUAAAUCAUUACAAUUAUAGUUCUCAUAGACAAUCAAAGAAAAAACAAAAAUUAGUUAACAUUAAUUCAAAAGAUUAUAAAAAUACGGUUAUGUGUAAUAGACAUAUAACAGUAAAAUAUGGAUGUAAUGUUAAAUGUAGUGGAAGUACAUGA